UUAAAAUUAAAUUAAAUUUAUUUAUUUUAGCAUUCUUGAGGUCAUCUGCACCGUCUGCCUGGGAAAAGAUGGUCAACGUCUUGAAAGGAGUGCUUAUAGAAUGUGAUCCUGCCAUGAAGCAGUUCUUACUGUACUUGGAUGAGUCCAAUGCCUUGGGGAAGAAGUUCAUCAUUCAAGACAUUGACGACACACACGUCUUUGUCAUUGCGGAGCUGGUUAAUGUCCUCCAGGAGCGAGUGGGGGAACUGAUGGACCAGAAUGCCUUUUCUCUGACCCAGAAGUGAAAAUGCCAGAUGUUGAGCACUUGGGAACUACAAACCACAGACGUGAAAGAGGCCCAUUCAAUGUCUCAUACAAUAUUUAGACUUUUUAUGAGCAUUUUGUGGGGAAGGCUGCAGGCCCAUUUAUUCAGAUGGAAGCCCCCAACUGAUUUUGUUGGACUAUUAAAACAAUGUUUUUAAAGAAGAACUGA